AUGAGCAGGGCACAAGAGAAACGAGAGAAACAAGAAAGACUAGGAAAAAAGGGAGAGAAGGACGAGGCUUUCUGGGCACCUGUGCGUUGUGGGGUCUGUCUGACACCUGUGCGUUGUGGGGUCUGUCUGACACCUGUGCGUUCCGAGGGUUCUCCUGACACCGCGUCAGGUGAUCCGAGAUCCUCCAUGACUGCUCUUGUUAAUGGCUCCUACCAGGUGGGAGUCACAUGUCUGUUCAAACCCAGCAAAGUGAAUACAUGUGCAUGCCAUUACUGUCACCCACAACACCUGGGGAGAGCUUUCCUUGGUGUGAUUUCUUUUUAAAGAUCCAUUUAGAAAUCGAGUAUGUCCUUUGUACUUGAUGUUAAGUUCUGUGCAUGAAGGAAUAAGCAUUCUCCCUCAAGCUUAACUCAAAUAGGAAAAAUAACUUUUUAUUUUUUUCUGACAUUGUUUGAUUUGCUUUAUUGAUGUGACAGUGAGGUGAACAGAAACAUGAAUACAGAGCAGAGUAGUGAUGGCUAAAGCGGAAUACUACAAAGGCACUUAAGCUAAUCAAUUAGUCAUGUUUUCCACAACAAAAUGUCAGUUUACAGAAUGGUGACGAGUGUGGAGGCUGUUUUAAGUUUUGGGUCAACGUGUUUAAGGAAAGGAUAGAGUGAGGAAUACAACAGAAAUAGGCAGCUAAAAAUGGAUCUGUAGAUGUAGACUUUUCAAAAUAGUGUGUAUAUAUAUACAGUGGGGAAAAAAAGUAUUUAGUCAGCCACCAAUUGUGCAAGUUCUCCCACUUAAAAAGAUGAGAGAGGCCUGUAAUUUUCAUCAUAGGUACACGUCAACUAUGACAGACAAAUUGAGAGAAAAAAAUCCAGAAAAUCACAUUGUAGGAUUUUUUAUGAAUUUAUUUGCAAAUUAUGGUGGAAAAUAAGUAUUUGGUCACCUACAAAUAAGCAAGAUUUCUGGCUCUCACAGACCUGUAACUUCUUCUUUAAGAGGCUCCUCUGUCCUCCACUCGUUACCUGUAUUAAUGGCACCUGUUUGAACUUGUUAUCAGUAUAAAAGACACCUGUCCACAACCUCAAACAGUCACACUCCAAACUUCACUAUGGCCAAGACCAAAGAGCUGUCAAAGGACACCAGAAACAAAAUUGUAGACCUGCACCAGGCUGGGAAGACUGAAUCUGCAAUAGGUAAGCAGCUUGGUUUGAAGAAAUCAACUGUGGGAGCAAUUAUUAGGAAAUGGAAGACAUACAAGACCACUGAUAAUCUCCCUCGAUCUGGGGCUCCACGCAAGAUCUCACCCCGUGGGGUCAAAAUGAUCACAAGAACGGUGAGCAAAAAUCCCAGAACCACACGGGGGGACCUAGUGAAUGACCUGCAGAGAGCUGGGACCAAAGUAACAAAGCCUACCAUCAGUAACACACUACGCCGCCAGGGACUCAAAUCCUGCAGUGCGAGACGUGUCCCCCCCCCAUGUCCAGGCCCGUCUGAAGUUUGCUAGAGUGCAUUUGGAUGAUCCAGAAGAGGAUUGGGAGAAUGUCAUAUGGUCAGAUGAAACCAAAAUAUAACUUUUUGGUAAAAACUCAACUCGUCGUGUUUGGAGGACAAAGAAUGCUGAGUUGCAUCCAAAGAACACCAUACCUACUGUGAAGCAUGGGGGUGGAAACAUCAUGCUUUGGGGCUGUUUUUCUGCAAAGGGACCAGGACGACUGAUCCGUGUAAAGGAAAGAAUGAAUGGGGCCAUGGAUCGUGAGAUUUUGAGUGAAAACCUCCUUCCACCAGCAAGGGCAUUGAAGAUGAAACGUGGCUGGGUCUUUCAGCAUGACAAUGAUCCCAAACACACCGCCCGGGCAAUGAAGGAGUGGCUUCGUAAGAAGCAUUUCAAGGUCCUGGAGUGGCCUAGCCAGUCUCCAGAUCUCAACCCCAUAGAAAAUCUUUGGAGGGAGUUGAAAGUCUGUGUUUCCCAGCGACAGCCCCAAAACAUCACUGCUCUAGAGGAGAUCUGCAUGGAGGAAUGGGCAAAAAUACCAGCAACAGUGUGUGAAAACCUUGUGAAGACUUACAGAAAACGUUUGACCUGUGCCAUUGCCAACAAAGGGUAUAUGACAAAGUAUUGAGAAACUUUUGUUAUUGACCAAAUACUUAUUUUCCACCAUAAUUUGCAAAUAAAUUCAUAAAAAAUCCUACAAUGUGAUUUUCUGGAUUUUUCUUUCUCAUUUUGUCUGUCAUAGUUGACGUGUACCUAUGAUGAAAAUUACAGGCCUCUCUCAUCUUUUUAAGUAUAUAUUUUAUUUUUUUCAGUUUUCAAAAAGACAGACAAUAACAGUUGAAGACAUUAAAUAUCCCCCCACCCCUCAAUCCCCUUGAAACAAAUGACAGAUAAACAUGGAAAAGUAUUUUCAUUGUUUCUAACAUAUGAUGUAGUUAUGACCCAAGCAUGUCAAAACAAGUCAGCUCAUUAAAUGAUUGAUCUGGAUAUUUUUAUCGUUGCUGUACACUGCUGCUGAUGAGACAUUGUGCAUGUUCUGGGUUAGUCUCCAAUUGAUUCAGACUUAAACCUUUCCUUCAGUCAGAAUCCUUAAACAAAAGGGUUCAUUGGUUCUUUAAGCAGCUGGCUAGUCAAUCAGUUCCUGAAUCAUUGUUGCUUGGAGUCGUAGGAGCUUGCAGUUGAGCUUGACUUAGAAUAACAUCACUUCUUUGUGAUGUAGUCAAUAGCUAGGUUUCCAUUCAAUUGGCGACAGAUUUUAAUGUGAAUAUUCUAAAAUCUGCAUAAAGUAAAUAUGCACAUUUUCCCACCAGUGGUGUGUUUCCAUCAAACUGACUUAUGUGUGAUGACAUAGUGCACACAAAAUGUUAUUUUGUGUUUCCAUCGCAUUUUCAACUCUACCGAUAGUUUUGUCACAAAAACUGUUGCGUUAAAUAGCAAAUGUGCCUACUCUGGUCUUGGCACGUGCACUGUAGCCAACAGCUGCCAGAUACAGUGCGGGUAGGCUGUGUGGGGAGGCAAGUCUACAUGAUGAGAUUAUUAUGAAUAUUUUUAUUUGUCAAAUGGCAGUCAAGCAUCGAUCAUCAUGUCACCAGAAUAAGACCCUCGAUAUUUAUUGGAAAGGAGCAUCAAGAUCACAGUGCACUUUCACCACCCUGUGAAGGUCAUCAUAACUUAUUUCAUCUGUAGCCUAAUGAACUGCAUGGUUUUUCAAGUCGUAGUUGGAGGACCACACACAAUGUCAUCGCGUGACUCCCAAGUUUACUUCGAUUUGAUGGUUGUUAUAUCAACAUUUGUGCAUAAAGGUGUUUCCACCUCCAUUUCUCGCAUUAUUAAUUUUACCGACACAAAAAGAUCUCACCAUAUCAAACGAACAAAUGAUCUGUCGCCAUUUAUGAAAUUGUACUGAAACUUUCUGUUUCCAUCACAGCUGUCGUGUUUUUUUUUUUUUUUAUAGGGUAUGACUUUACUCGCAUAAAAACUGUGGAUAGAAACGUGGUUAAGAAGUCAAUUCUAUUCCUGAGUGUAGUUACAGAUAUAGGAUCUUAAUUUGAUCAUCCUUUUGUUGCAGGAAAUUUCCUGCACAGCAGGAAAUGCAAACUUGUAGUGUUUAAGGUUUAAAAAGGCUUCUAAAGUUUGUAAUUUCCACUUUAAAAUGUCAGACUUGAUUUGUCCUAACUAAAAAUGUAUCAACCCCUACAAAAAUGUCCAUUCAUUAUCAUCCACACAAUAAUUCACAUUUCCUGUUAAUGCAGUAUUAUUUUUCUGCUGUGAGAAAUGUCUAAUUUAGAUCCUAUAUCUGUAUGGUCAUUAUCGAUGCUCUUAUCCGAAGUGACUUACAGUUAUCAAAUGUAUUCGAUGCCUGUGGUCCAUGUUGGUAUCCUCUGUAGCUCAAUUGGUAGUGGGUUCGAUCCCCGGGACCACCCAUACGUAAAAUGUAUGCACACAUGACUGUAAGUCGCUUUGGAUAAAAGCGUCUGCUAAAUGGCAUAUUAUUAUUAUAUUAUAAAUACACAGCCCUGAUCUGGCCAGCACCCUUCUCCAAACUAUAUGAAUACUGAACCAUUUAGCAUUUUAUAACCAAUCUUUUUGUUCAUACAUACAGUACCAGUCAAAAAUCUGGACACACCUACUCAUUCCAGGGUUUUUCUUUAUUUUUACUAUUUUCUACAUUGUAAAAUAAUAGUGAAGAUAUCAAAACUAUGAAAUAACACAAAUGGAAUCAUGUAGUAACCAAAAAAGUGUUUUAUAUUUGAGAUUCUUCAAAGUAGCCAUCCUUUCCCUUGAUGUCAGCUUUGCACACUCUUGGCAUUCUCUCAACCAGCUUCAUGAGGUAGUCACCUGGAAUGCAUUUAAAUUAACAGGUGUGCCUUGUUAGAAGUUAAUUUGUGGAACUUCUUUCCUUCUUAAUAAGUUUGAGCCAAUCAGUUGUGUUGUGACAAGGUAGCACCCCUACCUUGUCACAGCACAGAAGAUAGCCCUAUUUGGUAAAAGACCAAGUCCAUAUUAUGGCAAGAACAGCUCAAAUAAGCAAAGAGAAACGACAGUCCAUCCUUACUUUAAGACACGAAGGUCAGUCAAUCCUAAAAUACAUUUAAAUGUUUCUUCAAGUGCAGUCGCAAAAACCAUCAAGCGCUAUGAUGAAACUGGCUCUCAUGAGGACCGCCACAGGAAAGGAAGACACAGAGUUACCUCUGCAGCAGAGGAUAAGUUCAUUAGAGCACCUCAAAUUGCAGCCCAAAUAAAUGCUUCACAGAGUUCCAGUAACAGACACAGAGGAGACUGCGUGAAUCAGGCCUUCAUGGUCGAAUUGCUGCAAAGAAACCACUAUUAAAGGACACCAAUAAGAAGAAGAGACUUGCUUGGGCCAAGAAACACAAGGAAUGGACAUUAGACCGGUGGAAAUAUGUCUAAUGAGUCCAAAUUUGAGAUUUUUGGUUCCAACCGCCGUGUCUUUGUGAGAUGCAUAGUAGGUGAACGGAUUAUCUCCGCAUGUGUGGUUCCCACCGUGAAGCAUGGAGCAGGAGGUGUGAUGGUGUGGGGGUGCUUUGCUGGUGACAAUGUCACUGACUUAUUUAGAAUUCAAGGCACACUUAACCAGCAUGGCUAUUACAGCAUUCUGCAGCGAUACGCCAUCCCAUCUGGUUUGUGCUUAGUGGGACUAUCAUUUGUUUUUCAACAGGACAAUGACCCAAAACACACCUCCAGGUGGUGUAAGGGCUAUUUGACCAAGAAGGAGAGUGAUGGAGUGCUGCAUCAGAUGACCUGGGCUCCACAAUCAUCCGACCUCAACCCAAUUGAGAUAGUUUGGGAUGAGUCGGACCACAGAGUGAAGGAAAAGCAGCCAACAAGUGCGCAGCAUAUGUGGGAACUCCUUCAAGCCUGUUGGAAAAGCAUUCCAGGUGAAGCUGGUUGAGAGAAUGAGAGAAUGCCAAGAGUGUGCAAAGCUGUCAUCAAGGCAAAGGGUGGCUACUUUGACAAAUCUCAAAUAUAAAAUAUAUUUUGAUUUGUUUAACACUUUUUUGGUUACUACAUGAUUCCAUAUGUGUUAUUUCAUAGUUUUGAUGUCUUAACUAAUAUUCUACAAUGUAGAAAAUAGUAAAAAUAAAGAAAAAUCCUUGAAGGAGCAGGUGUGUCCAAACGUUUGACUGGUACUGUAUUUCACCCCCACCUGGAUAAAAAAUGCAUACAACCUGAGUUAUUUAAUUCCUGCUUCAUGUGAAGGUGAGGCUGCAGAGUCCUUGAACUUGACAUGACUACAGUGCUACUUUGACCAUUUCAACCAUCCUGCCUCUUGAUAAGUUGGUCGAUAAGGUCGGUCUAAAAAUCGGUGGGUGACACCUUUUUCCAAUGUGAAAACAUGUACGAUAAGUCUUGUUGAGACCAGUGGGGUGAGGAAUUGUGCCAUAUUUUGAUACAGGAUAGCCGUGGCGCUCACCUCACCUCUUUGUUGUUAUUGUAUACCUCACAUGUUGUGGCUGUUGUUGUUGCUUACCUCACAUAUUCAUGCUGUUAUUGUUGUUUACCUGACACAUUGUUGUUUACUUCACUUCUUGUUGUUGUUUUUGACCUCACAUCUUGUUGUUGUUUACCUCCACAGGUGACCUGGCUUCGGAGGACGAGUACCUGGACAUCCCCAGUAUCUCCAGACAGAGAGCGGGGACAUACGAGUGCACUGCCGUCAACGACAUCGCCACAGAUGUCAGGACUGUGGAGAUCACAGUCAACUGUGAGUUCAAUGUCAACCCAGUCCUGGUGUUUAUUUACUAGGAUCCAAACGGAAGCAAUGGGCCAAAUCGGGGAGGGACUAACACUGAACUUGUCCAUUAAGAGAGACUUGAUUUUGUUGCAAAACUUUUUCCUUUGCAAAUCGGUUUGCUACAGUGUGCAAUAGGCAUUCCAUUCCCUCGCAGACAGAUUCACUGAGUCAAUGGUCUCAUGACUAGGAAUUUAAUAUAGACUGAUGGAUGAAGCUCAGUUUGGGUUCAUCUUAACUUUGUUCCAGUUCUCCAGAAAAAGUUGUAGGGUUCCAUUCACGUGAAAUCAGUUUUGAUUUGGGUUUAGCUUUAUUGUUGUUGCACUUCACCAGAAAAAGUUGCAAAAUAAUUUGUGCAUGCUAUACAUCAUGUCUUAUUGGCUGACUAUGUGUGACUAUUUGAUGUUGCCAUACAUUGGACAUUUUAUUCAUUUUUAAAAGACAGGGAUCGUUGAUCCUAUUCUAACCCCCUUGUAAUCAUUACAACAUUAACUGUGCUAUGCUUGGAAUGCAGCCCAUAUGCGCUGAAGUACCAGUUCAAUUUACAAAUGUGUUCUCCAAAGAAGAAUGGCUUUCAACUUGAUUACAGCAGUUCAGAUAGAGGAACAUCCUCUCUGGAUGGACAAAAUCCUCUCUCUGCUAUUUACACACGACCCCUGCUUGAUACUUUGACCCCGUCUUUGGCACGCUGAUCCCAUGAGUGCCCUCGUGUGCCCGUAGAUGCCCCCAGUGUGUCAGAGGGCAGAGACGUUGGCGUGACCCUUGGCCAGAGAGGGGUGCUGGAGUGCGAGGCGGAGGCAGUGCCCGAGGCAGACUUCGAGUGGUACCGAGACGACAGAAGGUAAGCCAUUGUGCAUGUUUGCAAACAUGUUGAAUUGCUGCUUUUUCCAGCCUUUUAGAUUUUCCUGGAAGUAGAUUUUCAAGGAAGGUCAUUAGAUCAUCAGCAUGUCAAAGGUGAGAGAGCACGCUUGUAGAGUGUCCCUAUGGUUAUAGACCCAAAGCCUAACGGCCGUAUCAUUUUGUGUAAAACAUUGUACCAUUGCACAUGGUCAAGACCAUGUCAUUUCCCCAGCCAUUGAACCUGUUUGGAAAUGACAAUAAAUUAUAACAUGUAAUUAAGAUAACAAUGACAUAAUAUGUAGGCAUCAUAGCAGUCAUCUCAGGCUUCCCUGAACUUCUAGCUGCAGUGAGUUUCCCUACAAGGAAGUUGUGAGAAACACAAGAGUUGUGUGUAUUGUUGUACUCACAUGGCUGAGGCAGGUCUACACUGAGUGUACAAAACAUUAGGAACACCUUCCUAAUAUUGAGGUGCACCCCUUUUUGCCCUCAGAACAGCCUCAAUUCAUUGGGGCAUUGAGUUUACAAGGUGUCGAAAGUGUUCCACAGGGAUGCUGGCCCAUGUUGACUCCAAUGCUUCCCACAGUUGUGUCAAAUUGGCUAGAUGUCCUUUGGGUGGUGGACCAUUAUUGAUACACUUGGGAAACUGUUGAGUGUGAAAAACCCAGCAGCGUUGCAAUUCUUGACACACCCGGCACCUACUACCAAACCCUGUUCAAAGGCACUGUCUUGCCCAUUCAACCUCUUACUACCACACAUCCACAAUCCAUGUCUCAAGGCUUAAAAAUCCUUCAUUAAUCUGUCUCUUCCCCUUCAUCUAUGCUGAUUUGAAGUGGAUUUAACAAGUGACAUCAAUAAGGGAUCAUAGCUUUCACCUGGAUACACCUGGUCAGUCUAUGUCAUGGAAAGAGCAGGUGUUCCUAAUGUUUUGUACACUCUGUAUAUGUAUUUUACAUUUCUUAAAUCAAUUCCUUUAUUCAUUAAUUGACUACCGAGGUGUCCAUCCUCUCUCCUCAAGGAUCUUCAAUGGUUUUGACGGCAUGGAGAUCGAAGACGCCGGGCAGCUCUCCAAGUUGACCUUCUUCAAUGUCUCUGAGGCAGACUACGGCAACUACACUUGCAUCGCCAUCAACAAACUGGGCAGCUCCAACACAAGCUUUGUCCUGUAUGGUGAGUACAUGAUACCAUGUGUUCCAGGUGCAACGAAAUGAAAAUGUUGUGUGUUGGUAACACUUUAUAAUAUCUUUCACGAAAAGGCCAUUAUACAUGUUUCUAAAUACUUCAUAAAAGUAUUUCACCUGUUAUAAAGGCUUACUAUGAAUGUUUACAAAUAAUGAAAUACUUAUUUAUUAAUAGUUUAUAAAUGUCUAAAUGCCUGUUAUCAUAAAGUGUACUGAAAAUGUCUACGACUCUCAUUUCACUUUGAAUGGAAUUCUAUUCUUUAUGUGAUUUAUUUGAUAUAAAUAACUGAGGACAUUUCCAUGCUUAACAUCAGAGCCUCAAGCUGAUUUAGUAAUCUGUGCCUUCUAAUGUAAUCUAAUGCAACAUCAUAAUUAUUUAGGUUAACAGCAACACCUUCCACAUCACUGUAUGCCUUUUAACACUGCACCCACGAAGCUAAAGACUAAUUCACCAGCUUGACUUUCACGUUGUUCAUGUUAAGGCAGCAUUGUCUAUGAUUGUUUGCUUUUGUUUGUUUUUAUAUAUUUUGCUCUGUUCUGUUCCGUUCUUCUGGUGUAGAGGUUAUUGAGCCCACUAGCUCAACACUAUUGCAAGGUUAGUACCGGUAUUCGGCAUGAGCAUGCGUUUCGACCCACUCUCAGAUCUCUGAUGCGCUAACAGCAUUCUAACAAUGCAUGAUAAACAUUGCCAUUUUCACAUCGACAACAAACUGAUUAGAUGCAAAUAUCACUGGAGUAGCACUCAAUGCUAAUACUGAGGUGAGAGGAGGACUAUGUUUCUGCCACUGAAAGGGGCCAUAUAGUGUUUGAGCACAGCCUGACAAAAUGAGAUUGUCAGGUAGUUACUGGGCUGCUCUGCGAUCUUAUGAAAACAUUAUUAGCUUUCAAUUCCAUGUAUUAAUAUUGAUAACAAGUUAAAAGGUAUAUCUGACAGGUGAAAUUUCCGGGGAGAAUUCUCCCAGGCUGAUGAGGAGAAAGUAUGUCACUCGAAUCGUUGUGGAAAUGGUAAAUGAAGAGCUCUGACCUUUUAAACGUUUUGCUAACCGUGUUUUGUUCUUCUUUUCUCAACUGCCUAACCGCCUCACCAUGUGGCAUGGCUACAUUUUCAUUUUGCAUGUGCUUCAUCUGCUGUGUAAGUAUCUAUCUGUCCUACAACUAUCAUUUGUGUUGGAUCAUGUAUGUGUUUUAACUGUUGUGACAACUUGUUAUACAAUUUGUCAGUCUAGUUGUUCAUUUGUGUCUAUAUAGGAAUCCCUAAUUUCUAAUUCCUUCUUCCCUCUAGUUAGUUAUUAACGAAUACUUGUAAUAAUGGUUACUACUAUAGUGUAGCGCUAUGUCUGACCUCUUAGCAAUGAAUAUUAAAAUGAUUGAUUUGAUGUCAGCGUCAUCAUUGUUUGUAUUAAUUAGACACGUUUGGAAUGUAAGUGAAACAGGAUCCAUUAACUGUGGGGCUCCUCUUCAGAGAUGUAUUAAUUGCUUUGAUUUGGAUUGUUGGGGGAAAGCAGCACUAUUAUUAUAAUUAUCCAUAUGCAGGUUUAGGAAUAAUCUACUGUGGCAGCAUAAUUGGAUAGAUGUCCCAAAAGAAAGCCUGGUGAACUCCAAGAAAUUGUAUUAACGGUACUCUGCUUCAAAGUUAAAAAUUUUUUUUUUAAAGAUCUCGUCCGUCUCUCUCUCAUUAAUGCCCCAUGUGGUCCAAUAUUUAUUUACAGUAGCGUCCGGAAUUAUUGGAUCCCUUGAUAAAGAUGAGCAAAGACUGUAUAAAAUAAAUAAUACAAAUACUGAGCUAUUUUUGUUAUUACAAAUUAUAUUAUUUUAUAUUAAUACAAUUGCUCAGAGAAAGAGGUUUUGUUUAUUAACAAGUAAUAAAAAAUAAUCUAAAAAAGAUAGGUGUAAAUGGAUCUCUUUGGCCACACACACCAGUGGUGGGUUUGGCCUUCAAAACAGCAAUGCAUAUGCAGAAAUACCUGAUCCCUACUGUAAAAUAUGGUGGUGGAUCUAAUACCACCAUCAAAACUAUUUUUUAAACUGCUAUUGUGGUAAACAUGUACUGUUAUUAGUAGGAAUACAUUAUAUGCUAUAGGAUAUUUUGAAACUCACAAGAUUGUCUUAGUGAAUAAGUAAGUGGUUUGACAUUUUAAUUGGACCAGCGUACAACUCCCCUAUUGCUCCAGGCCCCACACCGUUAGCCCAGCCUCUGCUAUCACGCUUCAAUUUAGACUGAAAACUCACAGACCUCCUACCAGCCAAGAGAAAACAGGCCCGGGUCCUGCUCUUUCCUCCGCUGUCUAUCAAUGGUUAUUGCUUGUCACCUUUCCCUCAGUUGAUUAGCUUGUUUACAGCCUUAAGGCUUAAGGCUGACCCGGCCAGCCGGCUUGGCUGGACAAGGUUUCAUAAUAUCAUACAGUAAGAUGAUAAUAAGAGUGGUGAUAAGGGGGUCUCAAGUCAACAGGGCUUGCUGGUGAUGAGAGGACGAGAACAGAUGCUGUAGCAAUGCUUAUAUGGCCGCCAAAGUGCCCCCACUUAAACAUUCCAUCAGCAGGGAUCGGAUUAUUCCGUAGCAUAGCAAAGUUAGGUACCCUAGCUGUGCCAAGGAUAACUUGGACAUCUCUAUGCCGAGUAAUAAGUAAACAGAAUUGAGAUGAAUGACAAUGUUCUCUUUUGAGGUGGGUAUCUAAUGGCACUAGCAGGCGUUUGGCCCGGGGGGUAGUUCAUUAUGUGCUGCGUGGCAAUUACUGCAAUCCAGUUGUUGCUUUUCUUUUUUGCCCAAUCCCCCAUGCCCCUGUUACACCAUUUUUCAAGUGCCUUCUUUCAUAUAAUCUAUCUUUUAGAGGAGUCAACCACUCUGUUAGAGUUGACUUCAUCUAUGUUACAAAAGACAACCUCUGAAACCUUUGCAAUAUGGGUAAUGAAUCCACUUUCAAACCUAACCUAUUACCCCAAAAUGAUUGAUGAAAAAAAUGUGAUCAACACAUGAUGAAUCAAUAACCCGUAGAAGGUUAAAAGUACUGAUACCUGUAGGUGACGUUAGGGGAGAGGGGGAUAUAGUUGUAUAUUUUUGUUCUACCACACAAAUUUGGGAAUAUCUGUGAAACACACCUCUGCUUGAGCAGACAGCAAGUUAAGAGAUUCUGUGGAGUGCCGGGGAGAAGGUAUUAGAGCAGUGAAUCACUUAUCUGCAGAUCAGAAGGUUCACACAAGUCGGCAAAACCAAUCUUGAACACCACAAACUCAUCCAAGUGUUUUGUUCCCUCUCCUCCGCCCUCGGCCACAACAGGACCUGGAGCAGUGCAGGAUGGGAACAGCAGCUCAAUGGGGACGCAUGUACACACCUACACCUGUCUACUUCUGACCAUCCUCCUUCAGUUUCUGCUCAGGUUUUGA